GGAUGGAGGUGUGGCUUUGAUGUUAUUUUUUGCAAUGCUUUCAAAAGUUGAGGUUCAUUGAGUUUCUAACAUGCCCCCUUUGAGGAAAAAGGUCGCAUCUAAAGGGGGGCGCCGGUGAGUUCAGAGCAUUCAAAUGAGAGAGAACAGCAGAACACUUCCUCACACCGACGCCGUCAUGUCAAACAACAGCGUAAACAGCAACUUGGUGACAGCACAAAAAGCCGUCAAACAAUUACGCCUGGAGGCUAGCGUCCGCAGGAUCAAGGUAUCCCAGGCCGCUGCUGACUUGAAGACUUUUUGCCUGCAAAAUGCCCACAAAGACCCUCUACUGAUGGGCGUUCCAUCCAGUGACAACCCUUUUCGCCCACCCAAAUCCUGUGCCCUUUUCUGAGUGACCCUUGAUGUGGAUGUGAAAUGAUGUGAACUCUGAGGUGUUUCUGUUUCCUCUUCAGCUCAUCCUCGCCCCUCUCCUCUCAUUCUGCCAGCCCAUGCUUGGAGGACACUUGAGGCGAAAGCAAGUAUUGUAAUUUUAGAGUGAGGAGUCCGCACACUGAAAGUCUUUUUCGCUUUGUUUUUUUUUUUCAAUUCCAUGACAGGAUCGGAUGACGUUUUGACUGUUGUCUUGAUCAGGAUAGGAUGACGUUUCAGCUGUUGUCUUAAUCAAAAACAAAGAAAAAAAAGGAUUUUAAGUGUGUGGACUCCUGACUCUAAAAUUGCUGUCAGCUCUUGUCCUGCACCUUUUCCUGGGAUGGGCACAAUCUUCACCUUCAACUGAAAGCAAAAUAGUGUCACAUAGUCAUGUUACAUGUAACAGACAACACCGGCAUAGCUUGUCUGUGUCAUUCAAACGUUUUUAUACUGUAAAUGUUAAGCUUACCAACUUAAAGACAUGAGCCUAAACAUCACCUCUAUUUAAUCUAUGAAGCUGCUCGCCUUCAUUUUUUUUGUUGAUUCAAACUAUGUUUUACAGUCAUCAUUACUGUAUGUUUGGUUUUGUGCUUGUGUUGUGCUUGUGUUGUGUUGUAGGCUAUUUGUGGUGUAUAUGAGUUCCUUAGUGGAUUUUGGUGGAGCGACUGUGCCAAACCAUUCAAGCUACUGUAUCUGUUGUGACACAUGAUCUAAAAUGUUUCAGUUUGAAGUCUUCUUCAUUCCCAUCCAACACAGUUGAAAUCACAGCUGCUGUGUGUGCCAAGAGAAUGGUCCCAACAAAACAUGGGCGCUUGUCCAACCCUCCCCAUCAGUUCAUUUUACAGACACGCCAAGUACAGAAUUGGCAAAUGAUGGACUUGAAAGUAUAAAAAACAUCUUUAUAUAAGAAGAGUUUCGUUGCAAAAUCACAAACAAUGCAAAACUUUUUUUUUUUGCUUUUUCAUUCUAUUCUUGGAAAUGACUGGUCAGAUGUCCAUUCAUAUAUGUUUGAAUUCUUGCCAUUCAAAUAUUUUGAGAACAUACUUUUUAAACCUAUAUAAAAUGCAUUUUGCAAUGCAAUGGAAUGCAAUGCCUAAUACGAAAAUAUCCAUUUCCAGAAAUGUUCCAAAGUGGAUACAGUAUGUGAUUUUUCAACAAAGCUCUUCAAAUACUGGUAUAUUACGAAGGCUGGCAUUCCCUCCAUACUGUAUGGUACAGAUGGCCUGUGUAUGA